AUGAGGAGCGCAUUUCGCAAGGUCAAGGCUACAGGCGGAUUUCUUGAGAAAUAUCAGGAGAUCGUGAGAUUCUUCGAAAGCUGCGAUGCUGCAAAAAAGGCCUUGGAUGUGGAGCGGGCGAGAGUCAACAAGGAGGUCUACAAGUUUGCCACCGUUACUGAGACCCGCUGGGAUUCGACGUUGACCCUGAUGCGGAGAGUUCAUGAGCUUGCUGGAGAGAUGGCGGCGGCCUUGAAGGUCGUUAUUGCGUCGUCGGUUCAGUCAGAGGUGGAUAGAAGGAGAAAGAUGAAGGCAGGUCUCAGUGAACUGGAACUUGAGGAAGUCAGGGACCUCUGCAGAUUACUGACUCCAGCAGCCAAGCUCACGCAUGAGGUCGGCGGCUCCAAGUACCCCACCAUCUCGUCAGCAUACUCAGAGAUCUAUGGUCUCCCCCCAGCACUCACUAUGGUCACCACCGGACCAGCCAAGGAGAUGUCUGAUGCUUUGAUGCAGGAGACUGAGCUCAGGUUUACUGUCCACCAGAUGCCGGAGGUUACCAUUGUCGCCAUGUUUUUGAAUCGGGGUUGUUCUGACUACGAGUUUUUCCGUCGCGAUUCUAACUUCCUGGCCAAAGCAAGGACACUUGCUCAGAAUACCCUGCUGACCAUGGCAGAUGAGCUUAACCCCUCGGCUGUUGUUGACAAUGACGAUGACGAGGAUGCUCUUCUUUCAGAGACGAACAACGACUUGGUGUCCCGUGGGAUCGACCGUUAUUGCCAGUCGAUGGUUCAUGACCCAAAAAAAACGGUUCAAUUUUCUGAACCGGCCUCAGGAUUUCUGGAUAUUGAACCAAGAAAGCUGCCUCUGAACGCUUUUUCAGCAAGUAAGGCUUACUAUGCCUUCAAAAGAGGCUAA